UUUAGUGUUUCUGUGCAUUGUCUGACCCUGAUCUUUUUUUGUAGUUCUUCCCUUUAAAGAUGCAGCAAUCUAAAUAUACAAAAUAUAUUAAAUUAUGAUAGGCAGGCUAGUUAUUAGGUCCCUGGUCUAAGUUAGAAAAAGUGUGGAGAGAAGUGGAACUUUUGUGAAGCUUCAUUUUUAGAUAUGCAAGAACACUCUACUGUCGCCCUGAUUCUUGAGUUUUCUUAAGCCUUCUGAAUUUACAUUCUAUUAGGAAACUUUCCCACACAGUUUCUGUAAAUAAUGUAUUGUUUUGCAUUCCUCCAUGGGGGUGGAGAGACUUGAUGUACUAGUGCUUUGUCCAAUGUCUUUGGAGAGGUGGCCCGUUCACUCUCCAAUCCACUGUCACCUUUGGAGAAGUAUAAAAGUUGGAGUCAGAAAAUAAACGCUCUCUUUUUUGGCCUUGCAAGGUAGCAAUUGGCUCGCGUUUGCUUUCUCGUGUCCUAUAGCGACAUCUGGUGACCGCCGAAGUGUAUUGCAGCUUAGGCUGGGAACUUGGUGAGGUUUUUUCUGUUUGUUUAGAGCGUUGUCUAUUGCUGGUUUUUUUUUGGUAAUGGAGAGCUUUGAGGGCAUUAGGGAGGAGUCUGUGGCUUUGGACGUUUGGAGGGAGGUGCUGAAGCGGAAACGCGUUCCCUUUUAUUGGGAUGAUUUUGAGAGGCUUUUUUUAUGGGCAAGGGAGCAGGGAUUCUUUCCCAAUCUUGCUGAGGCCCUUUCCUGGGAGAAUUGGUCUCCCGUGGGAGAUCGCCUCCUGGAUGCCCUGCUUGAUAAUCGUUUUGAAGAUGUUGGGCCAUUGAUGAUGCUGUUUAAGAGGCUGGAUGCCAUUUGGCAGGGGUCUGAGGUUGGCAGUUCUCGGGCUUCUCUGGGGGACCUAUCUGUCUUGGAUGCGGAUGCUGGGGAAGCCGAGUCUCUGUACAGUUGCCCUGAUUCCCCUAGCCCCGGGGGGAGUGAGCCGGAAGGUGGCUCCUCCUCUGGUGUGGCUCGGGCUCCCAGGCCACUGACUUCAGGCAUCCGGUCGGUGGAGCCGGUUCGGCCGCCUCGCCCUGCCCCGCGCCGCAGGCGUAGUGGGCUGGGCGGGAAAGCACUUUCUCUUUGUGCCUUCCCGGCGCUCGGGGGUGAACGGGGGCCCGUGGAUCAGCCCCCGCCUCGGAUUGCGUCUGACUCGGUGACGGUGAAUUGCCCGAACUGUGGUGUUACAUUUCCCCUGGGGAAGACACAAGCGCAUUCGCCUGGUCCGGUCUCGGGCUCAUCUUCUGAGGAGGAACCCGCUCCGAUCCCUGAGCCUGCGCGGCCUGCCGGGCAUGCGCAGGCGGUGGGGGCCGCCAAAGGCGGGGCCUUGGUCACUGUUCCAUCGGACCCCGCCCCGGCAGGCGGGCAGCCCGCCCCGUCCCGCCUGAUGGGGGCGGUGCCCACCGGGAGGCUGCGCGGCGCGGGUCCGACGCUCCUUGGGGGCGUGCCGGACUCCCUUGUGUCGUCCCGCGGUGACGUGUCUCCGCGCGCCGCGUCUCCCUCUUCGCCCCGUCCUUCCCCCGUCCCGGGGGAUGGGAGCGCUGCGCUGGGGUUGCGGUCUGCGCCUCCGCCUGCGCCCGCCGCGGUGCCUUCUGCUGAUACUGCAGACAGCACCGCUGGGGCGCCGGCUGGUUCGGUUCCGCCUUCCCCGCCUGCCGCGGGGGCCGGGACUGUGGCACAGCGGGGCGCUGGGGUGUUCACCUUUAGCGCGACUGCUGACGCGGCCGGCGGGAGACCGGUGACUCCCCGUGGCCGCGGAUCCUCCCAGUCGACCUUGUGGACCCUCCCUGCCUGCCAGGUGACCGUGCGUCCGAAGGACCACGGGCGGUUUUGGCAGGAGGUCCUGGAUAAGGCUGAGGAGAUGUGCGACUUCGGCCCCUCGCGGAGCCUGCCGGAUCAAGGGAAAAGCUCCUCUGGCUCUGCUGAUGCUGCGGGGGGCGUGGUGUCCGGUGAUGUUGCACCGCCUCGCAGCCCAGGGGCUGCCAGUGUCCCGGAGGCUACGGGACACGAUACAGUGGAUAAUGCAGCCUUACCAGGAGGUCCUCAGGCUUUCCCUGUGCUUAGGGGUGUUACUCAUAACACUCAUGAGCCUUUUUCAUUUAAGGUGUUGAAGGAAAUCCAAGACACCGUUGCACAGUAUGGUGUUGGGUCUGCUGAGGUUAUGCAGACGAUCCGAUUACUUGCUGCUAACCUGCUGACGCCUUUCGAUAUUCGUUCUGUGGCUCAGGCUCUUUUUGACCCUGUGGAAUUUGACGUGUUUGAGGACAAGUGGGCCGCUUUAGUGGCCGGUGCAGUACGGAAGAAUGCUACGCGGGGGCAGCAGGAUCCCAGACGUGUAGCUACCGCUGACAUGUUGAUGGGCACAGUCUUCUGUGCGCAGGACGACUGACCGGUUGCGAGGUGAUGGCGGUUUUGGAUCCACUGGGCCGCCUCAAGUUCACUGGACUGCUG